AUGGCCAAGUUACGGAAAAACCGCAUGCUACUCACAUGCCUCAUCAGUAGUAUCCACCGUUACACCAGAUCAUCAUCUCAUUUUGGCAUCAAUUGCACUGCAGUGGUGGCUGAAAUCAAAGUUGUCCAAAUGGUCCUCACUCCCAGUACUGAACGCUCGGCCAAUUCUUUGUGUGUGGUCCGGCUUCAGGACGACAACAACAUUCCAAUGACACAUCACUCCAUAGAUCAUGCUGGUCCAAAUAACAGAGAAGCUGGUAAAUUCUGGGUAACACUGUUCGAUAACUGUCGUUCAACUGUAACACCCUUUGGGUGCACAGCUGCCAUGUCACGCGAAGGAAGCACGAGGGCUGUGACACUGCCAAGUUUCCCAAUCCGAGACAGGAGAAGUCGAGAUGCAGAAGUCGGGUCCGAACUACGGACCUUCCGGAUUGAGCAACCUGGCAGUAUUCAAGCACUCGUGCUUUCUUCGGGUAGCAUGGAAGCUAAGCACCAAAAGGGCAUUACAUCUGAACGAUUUAUUUUUUUCAUAUGA